AUGCUUCUGGCAAUUAGAGAUGGUGAGUCGAGUAUUUCAUUCAUGAUGAAAUAAAAUAACAAUCAAAGAUUUGAAUUUAUUAAGCGAAUUCAACUAAGAAAUGUAUGCUGCUACAUUACAACAACCUGGUUAGGAUUGAAACAAAUGGAUUAUGAGUACUUUAUGAUUAUGACAGGAAAUCAGAUGAUAGUUUAUGAGACUAAGAUACCAGAGUAUGAUUAUAUUAAUGAAUUGAUGAAUUACAGUUAUACUCAAGUGCUUUACAAUCUUGCUUAGACUGUUGAGAUUCAAUAUGAAAAGCAUAGAACUUAAAAUGUGACUUAUAUAGCUCAAACCUCCGUUUAGUCAAUGAUUUUAAAAUUAUAUAAACUCGAAAAGUUAUAAACUAUGGGUCAAAUCAAAUUUAAAUGCACACCUUAGAUAGAAAUAAAAAUUGGCAUUGUAGGCAAUCAUACCUUAAUGGCAAUUCCAAAUAUGCCUGAAGUAGUUCUAAUUGUUGGUGAUAUUUAGCAAAUUAAGAUGCAAAUAGAUAGAAAUGAACUCAGCAAUUAUGACCAAGGUAUAAAGUCUGUUAAUAUAAAAACAGGUGAAAUUAGAAAAGAGAAAAUACAUAAGAGAAUAAAGGAAAUCAAUUAGAUAUACUUGUAUGAAAAUUUUAUGAAUAAUAACUAUGUAUCCCAGAUCUUAUGGUCAACUCGCUAUGUAUAAAACAAAGGGUUUUAAGUCGCUACUUUUCAUCUAGAUAAGGAAUUAAUAAAUGAAGACUCAAUAAGAUCUGAUUUAAAUUUCUAUCAAAAGCCUAGUAAAGUUUAAGAUAAGCACAGAUAUAGAGGGAUAUUUGGCUACUUAAAGCAAAUUCAAGUAAAUAAAGAUACAUUGAUAGUAAUUGAAGAUGAGAAAAACAAUAAUAGACUCAAAAUUUUAAGAUUAAAAUUUGAAUGA